AUGGAGACUGUUGACGUGACAGUCAUCGGAGCGGGAUGGAGUGGCCUCGCCGCCCUCAAGACCUACCACCAGGUCGACCCCUCCGCCUCGAUCGUGUUGUUCGAGAGCGCGGCUUCGGUCGGCGGCGUCUGGGCCAAGCACCGCCUGUAUGCUGGCCUCAAAUCCAACAACAUGCUGGGCACCUACGAGUUCAGCGACUUCCCCAUGGACGCCUCGUUCGGCGUCCAGCCGGGCCAGCAUAUCCCGGGCACCGUGAUCCAGACGUACAUGGAGCGCUUCCUCGAGCACUUCCAGCUGACGCCGUUCGUCCGCCUGAACACCCGCGUGCGCAUCGCGGAACAUAACGCCGACGGAACCUGGACCCUGACCAUCGAUGGCCCCGACGGCGAGAAGACCGUCGUGAGCAAGAAGCUCAUCGUCUGCACCGGCAUCACCUCCCAGCCCUACCUGCCCACCAUCGCUGGCCAGGACACCUUCGACGCGCCGCUCUUCCACUGUCGCGACCUGCCCCAGCACCAAGACGCCGUCCUCCAACCCACCAAGCGCAUCACCGUCUUCGGCGGCACCAAAUCUGCCUGGGACGCCGUCUAUGCUGCCGCCACCGCCGGCGCCCACGUCGACUGGAUCAUCCGCGACAACGGCCACGGCCCCGUCUGGAUGGCCCCGCCCUACGUGACGCCGCUGAAGAAAUGGCUCGAGAAGCUGGUCACCACGCGGCUCCUCACCUGGUUCAGCCCGUGCAUCUGGGGCGACGCCGACGGGUGCAGCGCGAUCCGCAACUUCCUGCACGGCACCUGGCUGGGCCGCAAGAUCGUCGACACCUUCUGGGGCAUCCUAGGCAACGACGUGAUCACACUCAACAAAUUCGACGCACACCCGGAAACCCGCAAGCUGAAGCCCUGGGUCAGCCCGUUCUGGGUCGCCUCGGGGCUCAGCAUCCUCAACUACCCGACCAACUUCUUCGACCUGGUCACCGAGGGCAAGGUCCGCAUCCACAUCGACCACAUCACCCAUCUCACCCCCCAGACCGUUCACCUGGCCUCCGCCGGCCCCCUCCCCUCCGACACCCUCAUCUGCGCCACGGGCUGGCAAGCAACCCCCAACAUCGACUUCCGGCCCGCCAACCUGUCCCAAACCCUGGGUUUCCCUUGGGCCGAAGACCCCAUCCCGCAAUCCGUGGUCCAGCAAGCC